AUGUCAUCAAUUCAGUCUCAGGUGCACGAGGCAGCCUCCCAGCACGCUCAACUCAUCCGAGGUCUUGCGGAAACAGAUCAAGCACUGUCACAGCUCCAGCAGCAAGAUACCUACCUCAAAGACCUGAAAGCGCAGGAAGCAAGCACCGCAAAACAUGUUGAGGAACUCCGCAGAAAGACCGAUCUUGAGCUGAAGGACCACAAGAAGUACUCUGAAUCAACUUUCCGCCGUUUUGCCCACAAAGCCACUGGUCGAAAAGAACGCUUCGCCGAGAAAGCUGGGAAAGAAGAACGCGAAUACUUCGACGCGAUAAUGGAGCAAAAGACGGCCGAAGAUGAGCUCGCAUAUGUACGUCAGCUGAAGGCGGAGGCCGAACUGCAGAGGCAGAAGUUCGACAGCGAAUCCACGCGCCACAACCACCUCCAGCAACAGCUGGAUCACCUCUACAACUCGAUCUUCGCGGGCCAGACUCCUGGAUUCCCUGAGGAAGACUGCAAGGAAGAGGCCUGCAACGUUUCGUCGCAGCAUGUACAAUCCCUCCACCAAGAGCUCGAGAAAGAACGCCAUGUCCUCUUCCUCUUGCGCCAGACCAGCACCAAGCUCGGUGAAGCCCGCAGCUUCCUCAACGACGCACAUGGCAUGUCGCAAUGGGACAUGUUUGGCGGCGGCACCAUGGUCUCGAUGCAUAAGCGCAAUCUGCUCGAGCGUGCCGAGUCCAGUAUCCAGCAAGUUCGUAUGCUUCAACAACAGCUGCAGCAAGUAGCACCCCAUCUCCCCAGUCUCGGCCAGCUGAACAUCGCGUCUGGAAGUAUCUGGGGUGAUAUAGUCUUCGACAACAUCUUCAGUGAUAUGGAGAUGCACGACAAGAUCAAGGACUCUGAGGCGCAGGUUGAUCGCGCUGGGCAUAAGUGUGGUGAUAUGGUUAGGCAGAGUGAGCAGACGGAGCUGAACUUGCUUGGGGAUGUUAGGAGUGCGAAUGAGCGGUUGAAGUACACCCGCAUUGAGCUGCAGAGGGCGAGGGAGGAGGCUUUCAGGGCGGUGUUGGAUGGACAUGAUGGUGAUCUGCAGCACACGUGGCAAGAUGAGACCCACCAGCCUCCAGCGGGUGCACCGCCGGGUUAUGAUGCAGCGCCGCCUGCGUACUCCGCUUAG